CAGAGCCCCGCCCACUACUGAGGGGAGUGUGAGCCGUGGGGUGGGAGUGAAGAUAAAACAGUAUAGGAGGACCAGGGCAAGGUUAUUGUUGCUUCGUGUAAACUGGACAGAAGUAAGCGUCUGCGGGACAUCAGCGAGGAGUUCAUUUGUUCUGGACUGUUUUGUUUUCCUAAUUGGGUACUGUCUGACAGUGUUCUACGUUGUUUGAAUCAGCAGGUUUGACAAAAACUCGCCAGAAGGUAGUUUACAAAUGGAAAAAAAGUUUUAAAAACUUUUUAUUUUUAUUUUUAAUUGUUAUUAUUAUUAUUAUUAUUAUUAUUAUUAUUAUUAUUAUUAUUAUUAUUAUUAUUAUUAUUAUUAUUUAAAAAACAUUGAAUCCAAGCCAAAGCUGAGCAAACCAAGAAAGUUUUAAAUCUUAAAAAUCUUGUCCGUCUUGUUCUAAACAAGAAGCAAUGGCAUCUUUGCUGCUAGCUUGUGCGUUGGCAUCCCUGCUGUUUGGUUUCCAGCCGAGCGGUGUUGAUGCCGGUGGAGAGUAUUGCCACGGUUGGGCCGACACCUACAAUAUCUGGCACGAUGGCUUCCAGUGCCCGGAGCGGUAUGAUGGCGAAGAAGCCAGGUUUUGCUGUGGGACGUGCCAUCUCCGCUACUGCUGCAGUACCCCGGAAUCCAGACUGGACCAGGAAACUUGCGACAAUGACAGUUAUCUGGGUUUCGAAACUGAAGAGCAAACUAGCCACAAGCCACCUCAAGUGCCUACGUACCUGCCUUUCCUCAUUGUUGCCAGCGUGUUCGUAUCCUUCGUCAUCGUCGGCUCCUUCGUCGCCGUGUGCUGCUGCCGUUGCCUGAAGCCCAAAGCUGGGGAGCAGCAGAGCGGCUCCGUGCCUAUCCAGAGCCGUCUGAUUGAGUCGGGACCCUCCUCGGACGGCAGGACCCCCUCCCGCCACUCCAGUUCCAGCUCCAGCUCUGCCAGUCGCUGCUCGGCUGGGGGGCGGCCCCAGAAUAACAUCUGCACCAUGGGCACCGAGGGAAUGAACGUGUACAUGAGCAUGCCUCCGCCAGGCAGCUACCCGGUGAUGGGAUGCCCUCCACCCCAGCAGUACAUGCCCCAUAACCAGACCCCCUCUCCCUUUGUGCAGCCUCAUGGGUACAUGGGCUACGGGAUCCCACCAGAGCAUGCUAUGCUGAUGGCCCCUGCGUACAUCGACAGCAGAGCGGCUUACGGACAGCAGCAUCCCUUCCCACAGGCACCCAUGCAUACCGAGCAGCUGUACCCAGGAGUGACUUUAUGAGAACUUAUUACUGUCUUAUUUUUUUAAACAUUUUAAAAGCAUAAAGACUGAAAAGUUAGGUUUGGAUGUGUCAAUCCGUCCUCUAACCUUUGAGUCAUGACCUAGCCUCCAGGGCUGGGGUUCGGCCAAAACGCAGGGUUUGUUUAGAGGAAUAAGCCAAGACUGUAUAAUCCAGUUAAAGAUAGGGGGUUUCUUUGAAAAGAUAAAUUGUGGCAGCAGACACAGUGGCUUAGAGAGAAUAAGUAGAUAUCCUUGUAUAUUUAGGAUCUCCCAGAGGAAUGUUUACCAAGCCAAGGGGGUGCUUUGAAAUUCUCUAGCAGUGUUAAUGCAAUUAAAUAUUCCUCUUGUUUAUCUUGUGGGGAAAUUACAUUGGUCUGUCACUUGAUGAUGCGACUCAAAUAACAUAAUCUAGUUUACAACAAGAUGAGAUAUUAAACAAGACUGUUGCAGUGUUGCUGGAUUCUCCCCUCUGUGAGUCCAGUGGUCCACAAGCCAGUAGAAAGCGGAGUGGGACGCGAAACCAAAGACUAUAUUCAUGCUGAGAAAGUUUCUCUUUGUUUUGCACACUUUGUUACAACUCGAUGACAAGACUGCUUCUCGAAGCAAUGCAAAUGUUGUGAAUGUCUUAAGUUUGCUUCUGGAUGUGGAGCUAUCUUUAAACCUGUUUUUUAUUUUUUUAUUAAAUAAUCAUUUUUGUAAAAUGCACUAUUUCACUGAAUUACAGUGCUCGGGGGGUAAUAAAAAAUAAAUAUAGCAGAAUU